AUGUUCAUCUCCAAAACACUGCCAGCGGCGCUCCUUGCUGGUCUCGUUGCCUGUCAAACACUCAACAUUCCCAGCCGAAGCGGUUCCAUCAUCUCACUACCGGCGCCGAGUGUGAUAUCUGGGUCUAGGGAUUUUGGCAAUAAGGAAUACGAUCGCGGACGCUCAUGCAAUACCGAUGUUGAGACUUCAGGUGGGCACCCCGUCUUCAUACUUGAAAAUGGCGCCACUAUCAGCAACGUCAUUAUCGGUGCCGGCCAGGUUGAAGGAGUUCAUUGUAAAGGUGCUUGCACGCUGAAGAAUGUCUGGUUCCGACAGGUCUGUGAAGAUGCCAUAGUGAUCAAUGGCAAUGGCGAUAUCCUCGUCGAGGGAGGUGGUGUCCGCGGAGGUUACGGUAACACGAUCUCGCACUUAGGCCGAGGAACAGCCACAGUCAAAGAUCUUACGGUCAUCGAUGUGAAUCGUCUUUACCGUUCAUGCGCCAACUGUGUGAACAACGGCGGUCCGAGGAAUUUGGUAGUAACCAACUUGAAGGCCAAUAAUGUCAAAUUGCUUGCCGGCAUCAACUCAAACUUUGGAGAUGUUGCAACAAUAUCUGGGUCCUGCGGUACCGGUGUCGCCAAGGUCUGCCAGGAGUAUAAGGGUGUUGAAAAGGGCCAGGAGAGUCCCAAGGUCACCACGACUGCAAAUUGCAGAGGCCAAGCGACCCUGGAUAUUUGCUAG